CCAGGUCCCGUCAGUUCUUCUCAACCUGCAGAAUUUGGCAGCAUGUCAGCAAAUCAAAGCCGAGACCUUCAGCAACUUGAAUUGGAAAAGCCUUGCUUUAUCGCUAAUUUUCCCGAUAUUUGCCUGCCGUUUAUCUGCGGGAGUAGUCCGUUUUGACAAGGAGCAAACGCUCUCCCUGCUGGCGAUCUGUUUAACAAGCCGGCACGUAUCCUUGCCAUCCAGUUACCUACCUGGUGCGUGGGACUCCAGGCUACAAAGCUCCUAACAUUUGACGAUAAUUGUACAGCGAUACACUCAUUGUUUACUGGCCUCAAGCCUUCCCAUCACCAUACACUACGGCAGCUCUUAUCCAGGCACUGUGCUUGUAGAGACGGAUCUCACCUCAGUCCCAACCUGAACAACACUCACAAAUCCGAGCUUAUCGCAAGGCGCCAUGGACCCAUGCACACCGCAUUCCAAAGCUGCAGUAGACGGUAUCUGUGCACACUGGCCUGGAAAUGCGGCUAUCGCGAAGUGGUACCAGUGCUGCCGUGGCUUUUCAAACCACAAGAGGCGUUGUGAAGCAGGGGUGAAGACAGCUGAACCGCUCGAGCGCAGGCAUGGAAAGCUUGAGCAUGCAAGAUUGGUGGCUGUCAAUGCCCCUUUUCAAAAGACAGAAUCAAUAUUCACAACCUGGCAAAACGGCGCUUGACGGGACACGCCUCAGUGCCUGGUUCAUCUUUGCGUUUAUCAAUCCACCGCAGUACCAACAACUGUCACCAUCGUUGCCAACAACAGCGAUUAUUCCGCCUUGAAUGCCAAGUGCUGAGCCGAAGGACAUGCAUUGCAGUGAUGCGACAACGGACUCUCGGUCUUCGUAUCGGCCAUCUUCACAAAAGCUCGCUCCUGUCCGGAGCAAAACAAAAAACGAUGGCUUCAUUCUGAGCCUCACCAGAACAUUCCUGUUUUCUUGUAGAGUGGAAUUAUCAAAGCACCCAGUUUGGGCCCAUUAUCAUCACCGCAAUCUCGGCGGCUUCUAAACCUCGAGUUCAGCUCCCCACUGGAACACAGAAAAGCGCGCUCGAGAAUUCACCAUUGCUCCCACGCUAAUCUCAGUGUCCAGCGCCUGGCCAGGGCCCCCCUUUUUCCCUAGUCCAAAUUUGGCAGCCAGCCUAGCAACUAUCAGAAAACUGUUAAGCCUUACGAGUUUUGCGAGCGCCAAUCAGUCAGCCACCGGCUGUGGCUUGCUGCGCGCGGCCAAUACAUAUCUCUUAAUUUUACCAGCAAACAAACAUGGCCGUAUGGUUAUUCAUCGCUGAUCUGGACCCGACAGGCAGGAUACCUUCGCCAUCUGUCUCAUGAGUCUCAUGAAUGAGCCCUGUUAAAGAUGAUCGACCGUAAACCACAGCUGACAGCGAUCAUCGGUGGACUCUUUGUUCGGAUCUUUCCAGAGCUUAAUUUUUUCGUCUUGAUGGGAUCCACAGGAACCAAAUGGACCCCUGCUGCAUCACUGCCCAGUCGAUCCGCUGGAACGAGCUGGUUUCCGAGCUGAUGUUUGGUGGAUGGGGGUCGUGCUAUCCGUGCCGAUUGCUACCCCGUACCCAAUUUGAGAAUCCCUCGCGAGGGUCCCUCUUUCUUGUACCCACCGGCUUUAUACGUCUAGAUUCUGCCUUCUUGUUCAUAAUUGCCUCUGGACUUUUAUCAGGCGAUCUAGAUGAAUUGUAGAACCGAUACCUAGGUUACAAUUCUGCCAGCACUGCAGCCGGGCACAGCCGACCCGGGAGCCAUGCGUAAAUAUAGUUGGUCUGCAUGGUAUUUCCAUUUACACCACGCUUAACGAUAAACAGGGGUGGUGACAAAAUAGGCUAGCAGGCCUUUCAGCGCGGGCGCCAACCCAGUCUUGAGGAACGCCUGGUACCUUGGCAAUGGCAUCAGUGCACGAAGGGGAGGGUUGAUGGGCGGCACGCUGAGCUGUCACAGCUUGACCCCCUGCUCCGUUUUCUCUUUUGAUUGCUACCCGCACCUAUACAGGGCUCAACCUCCCCCCCCUCUCCAUUCCUUCCAGUGUCACUGGACUUGUUUUUCCUUUCCUUCGUUUCGCUCAUUGAGGUCCGGAUUGACUCAAGAUCCAACCCAACCUUGUUGCUCACAUACCACGAGUUCGAACUUCGAGGGUUGCCUUCCCCACCCUGAGGGUCUCCUGGCGUACCUCGAUCCGUGUUUACGACGAAACCUUAUCGGACUGUCAGACCUUUUUACUCCGGUGCUCGAGACCAAACAGAGGGAAAGCCUUGCCCUGACAUCUUGGGAGGUAGGGCCAUUGUUUCCUGCCACCACGAGAUAGGCCGGCAAGAUGAAGAAGUUCCAGUCGUACUUUACGCCUGCGACGGGUCCAGAUGAUCAGCCAGGGAGUACGGACGGGGAGAAGGUAAAGGGGGGCCGUGGGAAAAAGCAGGGGACCAAGCCGACUACACACCAACUUCAGCCAAUACAGCCGCGAGGAAGACAACCACCACCGCCCUCCGAAGCAACAUCUGGACAUGCCACUCCUCAGGUUGCGUCCGGCGGGGCGAGUAUGCUGUCUGUUCCAGACGCGGCGACGGUUCGGUCAGGCUCCAAACGAAGUCCAAGCAGAUCCCGAGCCUCGUUUCGACACUCGGUAUUCCCAGCAGGUGACCAGCGGAACCAUGACACGGGCACCAUUAUGGAAAUCCGAAACGACAUGAUGGUCAAUUGGCUGUACGAGCAGCAACUCCGGAAACAGUACGCCAGCGGAAUGGAUCCCUACGAAGGUGUUGUUUUGAAGAAGGCCCGGGGCAACUUCACCUGCUGCCCCCCCCAGAUGGCUGGCAUUCCCGAAUCGCUGUACGCCAUGGUCUCCCAAAUGAACGUACGCUGCGCCAUGACGGUCAACACGCCCGUUGUGAGGGCGUUGAUGGACUCGAUCGUCACCAAAACCGAUAUCGACUAUGUGCCGCUUCCCGACGGGCUCCGAGUCCAGAUUUUGCCUUCCAUGGUGGAUCUUCCGAGGGGUCAGUUGCAUCACUUUGCGGCCUUUAUUGAGGACGUCAGGAUGCUGGUUGUGUGGGACGAUGAGCCCGAGAAGCUGUUGGACAGGGCUCAUACUCUGGAACAGAGGUUUAUUGAGAUCAUUUGGGGGAGGGGGGAGGAGGGCGAGGACGACGAGAAAGACGAAAAGAACAUGGCAAAUGUUAAUGUGGACGAAUUGGACCCGAACCAGCUGGAGGGUGCUCCUGAGAAACGGCCCGUCAGGUUGGAAAGCGCCAUCAUUGUGACACUCACCAUGAUUCUCUGGAUCGUAUGCUCGGGAUUGGGAUGGAGAGCAUUGGCAUACCAGUCUGCAGUGGAUGGUACCUAUCUCAGAUUUGCGCUGCUGGCCGUCUGCCCACUGCAGAUGUUUGUCAGUCUGUUCUUCUUCCAGUCAAUUGUCAGCAACCUUUUCCAGAUCUUUGGCCCCAUUUCAGCAGUCGCAAACAACAGCAAGUACUACAGCGGAAAGCCACCCCGCCGGCUCAAUCGCGAUGCCAACGCUCUUCCUCAUGUCACAAUCCAGAUGCCCGUGUACAAGGAGGGCUUGAAUGCUGUCAUUCAGCCCACGGUUGUGUCCCUCAAGGCGGCCAUUAGCACAUACGAAAUGCAGGGUGGAUCGGCCAACAUCUUUGUCAACGACGACGGUAUGCAGCUCAUCUCUGAGGAGGACGCCCAGGCCCGCCGCGACUUUUAUGACGAGCACAACAUCGGCUGGGUGGCGCGCCCACCUCACAAUCCCAACCCCAAGGAGGAAGGCGAGCUCAAGUUUAUCCGUCGCGGCAAGUUCAAGAAGGCCAGCAACAUGAACUACGCUCUGCGCACCAGCAAUCUCGUGGAAGCCAAGCUCGAUGCUAUCCAGCGGGGUCCCAAGUGGACCAACGAGCAGGAGACAGCUGCGUACCGCCAGUGCCUUGCUGAGGUUUUGGAUGGUGAUGAAGGCCGGACUUGGGCUGAUGGCAACAUUCGCGUUGGCGACUACAUUCUGAUCAUCGACUCUGAUACUCGUGUUCCCAAGGACUGCUUGUUGGAUGCUGUUAGUGAGAUGGAGCAGAGCCCCGAGGUCGCCAUCAUCCAGUUCCAGUCUGGUGUCAUGAACGUUACCAGUUCAUUCUUCGAGAGAGGCGUCACAUUUUUUACCUAUCUGAUUUACACGUGCAUUACUUACGCCGUUGCCUCUGGCGAUGCGUGCCCCUUCGUCGGACACAACGCUGUGCUCAGAUGGUCAGCUAUCCAGGACGCCACUGCAUACACCGAUGAAGACGGCUAUGAGAAGUAUUGGUCUGAAGCCCACGUGUCGGAAGAUUUCGAAAUGGCCCUCCGCCUCCAGGUCGCCGGCUACACGCUUCGCUACGCCUCUUACACCGGCGAUGGAUUCAAGGAGGGUGUCAGUUUGACCGUCUAUGACGAACUGGCCCGCUGGGAAAAGUAUGCCUUUGGCUGCAACGAGCUUUUGUUUCAUCCUCUCCGAUUCUGGAUUGUCAGGGGCCCAUUCACUAGUCUCUUCCGGGAGUUUAUCUGCUCGAGCAUUCCGCUGCCCAAGAAGAUGACCAUUAUGGCUUACGUCGGCACCUACUACGCCAUUUCUGCAGCCUGGUGCAUCACCCUGGCCAACUACUUUAUCACCGGCUGGUUUUAUGGCUUGUAUGACAAGUAUUAUCUCGAUUCGUUCGCCAUCUAUGUUUCCAUCGUGGUUGUCUUCAACGGUCUUGGUAACGUUGGGCUGGCCGUGCUGCGGUACCGAUUGAGUGAGAAAGGUCUUCUCAGUGCCUUCUGGGAGUGUAUCAAGUGGAUUCCAAUGUUCACCAUCUUCCUGGGCGGUCUUUCUCUCCACACGGCCCAGGCUAUCUUGUGCCACUUUUUCGAAAUCGAAAUGAUCUGGGGCGCCACGGCAAAGGAACUCGAAAACUUGAGCUUCGGCAGCGAAAUCCUGCGCAUCAUCCGCAAGUUCAAGUUCACGUUCGUGUACUGCUUCCUCUGCACGGCGCUCAUGAUCUGCGGCACCACCGUUUUUCCCCACCAGUGGCGCAUCGGCGAGUUUUACGCCAUCUACCCUCUCUCGACCACUGUGGUUGCUCAUUUCUCCCUGCCUGUGUUUUUGAACCCGGCCUUGAUGAAGUUCACGUGGUAG